GGCGCUUGGGUUCAUGUUCUUUCCGCCUACAAGUCCAGACAGCGGGCACUCAUUACCCAACAGCCACUUUAACCGUUUUUUAAAAGCAAGAUGGCAGCUGUUGUUGAGAAUGUUGUCAAACUGUUGGGAGAGCAGUACUACCGAGAUGCCUUGGAGCAGUGUCACAACUACAACGCCAGGCUCUGCGCCGAGCGGAGUGUACGGAUGCCCUUCCUGGACUCUCAGACCGGCGUGGCUCAAAGCAACUGCUACAUCUGGAUGGAGAAGAGACACCGGGGACCAGGCAUGGCUCCAGGGCAGCUCUACACCUACCCCUCCAGGAGGUGGAGGAAGAAACGGAGAUCUCAUCCUCCAGAGGAUCCACGGCUCAUUUUUCCUCCUGUCAAGUCAGAGCUGGAUUUAGGCCUGAAGAAGGAUGGACUGUUGUCAUCAGAUGGCAGCAGCCUGGAGGCUCUGCUGAAGGGAGAGUCCUUGGACAAGCGGACCUCCACAGAACCCCGGGGGUCAGAGGAGGACUCAAACCAGAGUGAUUACACCGGAAGUCUGAACCCUGCUGCCCGCAAUCGAAAGAGAAUCCUCGAGCCAGACGACUUCUUGGAUGACCUUGAUGAUGAAGACUACGAGGAGGACACGCCUAAAAGAAGAGGCAAAGGGAAAGGGAAGGGCCGAGGAGUGGGCAGCAGCAGGAAGAAGCUGGACACAGCAGCUCUGGAGGACAGAGACAAGCCCUACGCCUGUGACAACUCUAUCAAACAAAAGCAUUUUUCAAAACCUUCUGAAAGAGUUUGUGGGAAACGCUACAAAAACCGCCCCGGCCUGAGUUACCACUACGCCCACUCCCACCUGGCAGAGGAGGAGGGGGAGGAGAAGGACGACGUGGACCUCAGCGAGCCGGCCUUGACGCUGCCGGAUGAGCCAAAAACUCCCAAAAAGGGCCCAGAUGGUCUCGCGUUGCCUAAUAACUACUGCGAUUUCUGCUUGGGAGACUCCAAAACCAACCACAAGACGGGCCAAUCAGAAGAGCUGGUGUCCUGCUCUGACUGUGGACGCUCAGGUCACCCCUCCUGCCUGCAGUUCACGCCCGUGAUGAUGGCUGCCGUGAAGACGUAUCGCUGGCAGUGCAUCGAGUGCAAGUGCUGCAACAUGUGUGGCACUUCAGAGAAUGAUGAUCAGCUUCUGUUCUGUGACGACUGUGAUCGAGGUUAUCACAUGUACUGUCUCAACCCGCCCAUGUCCGAGCCUCCAGAAGGGAGCUGGAGCUGCCAUCUAUGUCUGGACCUACUAAAGGACAAGGCUUCUAUCUAUCAGAACCAGAACCCACCUACAUCGUGAUGGCCAGCCCGGCCGUCCUGCAGCAGCAUGGUUUGUCCCUGAAGAUGCUCCAGGAGCUUCCCUGUCAAGCUGACCUCCCAAGGAAGUUUGUUCUGGAAGAACAGUGAAAAGGGAAGCGUGUCUUAUCCAGACUAGCCCCAGUAAGCCCGACUGUUACACUGUUCCAACCUCAGACCCUAACCCACAUAGGCAGCAUAAACAGCCAAACCAUUACCUUCUGUUGGGCUUUUCUACUCAGAGUUGCUAAAGUGUUUUGAUUUUUAUGAAAACAGCAGAACUGGAGCUCAUUAAACUCAAACAGCAUCCCCUAGCUUGCUCAUGGUGGUUAAAAAAUAUAUAUUUUAUAAUAUGUAUACAUUUCUAUGAUAUAUUGGUGAGUAUUUAAAGAAUUUAAAAUAAAUUAUUUGUCACGUUUAUUAUUAAAAUACACCUUAACAUGGUGGGAAAAGUCCACAACAGUGAGGUUCUUCUGUAAUCAAUCAGAUGCAGUCAGAGGCAUUUGCUGAGGCUGUGCAGCGAUUUAUCAUCUAAUACACACACACACACACACAAAUAAAAAAAAAGGAAUUAUUGAUAGAAUCCCUCACACGUCUGUCAAAGUGGCUCCAAAGGUUGCAGAACUUCAAAGAUGGCAGGUUGGACUUUUAUCUCAGUCAGAUCUUUUGUGUUGGGACUCAUAUUUCCUUUCAGGCUUUGAGGCUUUUAUUUUGACAGAACAGUCUAUCGCAGACAUGACGUCGGAACUGGACGACACGCCCACCCACCCGUCUGAUCCACAUACGUGAUUCUCGUUGAUCUCGUCUGCAUCGGUGUUCGACUAAAGGGAAUUCUGCUGUGUUGUAGCAGUUUGAUUAUCAAUCCUCACCUUUUAGGUUGUUCGGAGUCGGUUUAGAAAAGCAAUACACAAGCUCCUGGGUGAUGCCGGGAAGAGCAGCGGUCUGUUCAGACUCUGCUGACAGAUGGUGUGUGAGAGAUGCACCAGAGAGGAGCAGAGAUUUAGUCCUGAGGAGAGUGCUGUUUUAGUCACUUUGACUGUUUUCAUGCAGUCAUUUCCUUCUGUGGCUGAUCUUAAAAAGUCUGACUGAGCUGCUGAAGCACCAACUUUACCUCAGAGAUGAAACAGCGUUUAACUGUGCUGCAUAGAGACGAGACAACGUCAGGAGGAAAGGUGAUGACAGCUGCAGCGUCUGCUUCACUAACUCUAGUAAAACAGCUGCAUGUUCACUAAGCGCUCUCAUAUCCUACAGAGGUGUGUGUGUGUGUGUGUGUGUGUGUGUGUGUGUGUGUGUGUGUGUGUGUGUGUGUAGGCAGGGGGUGUAAUAUAACUUAACCAUGCUAUCAUGUCUCAGUAGCCAACUAACCAAUGCUAAAGCAUUACAUGAAAUUCACUCGGCUUCUUUUCUUCUUACUGUGUAGCCCUACUGCUUCAUCUAGAGAAUAUUGUAGCUUUUUUGUAUUCGGCAGUAAACGUUUGCAUACCUGAUGCGUGGGACAUUUGGGGAUUAGGUGGAAGUUUUUUUUCUAGUUAAUCCUGUCAUCAGGUCUCAGCUGAGCCUUCAUGCAAAGGUCUAAACACAACGAGAAGUUUAAUCAUCCAGGCUCGAUAACAAAGUCAUAUCUGGUUCUGGUGUGUAAUUAUUGCUUAAUUAUAGAUUGGGAGAGAUUUGUUACAUAUUCAAAUCAAGAUUAUAGGUUUACAUGGUAGGUGGAUACUAUUUGGGUGGAUUGUAAUAGACUAUUGUAUAAAAAUGUCUUCAGGAAAAUAAAAUACCAGGCACUAUGA